CAAGUGGUGUGAGCUAACAAAUGUAAGACUUUCAGAUCCAUCCAUUGAAAUAGGUGCACCUUCCGCAGGUAGCAGCGCGGACCGCCCAUAAAGUCAUGACUGAGAGAUUUGAAUUGGAAGCAUUUUGUGCCGCAAUUUCCAACCGACUGCUCUCAGUUUCAGCUUUGAAUUAGCGCUGGGCUACCUCGAAUUCUGAGCCACCGGCUGCCCACACACCAGCUGCUACUGAUGCCCUUAACGUUACUGACUGAACCGUUGUACAACUUCAAUGGCUAAGGCCAGGCUUUGGACACUCUGUAAAACAGUUGUAAUUGUUUUUGCCUUUGUGGGUGUUGAGAGUCGAUGCCCGGCGUCAUGGAUAGAGCGCCAGACAUCGUGCUACAAAACUGACGAUGAGCAGCGAACCUGGGAGAACGGGGAGGCGUACUGCAACCAGCUAGGCGCAGAACUCGUGGUGAUUGAGACGGCCCAAGAAAAUGAAUUUAUCCGGGAGCUACUGAAUGAUCAAAGCAAGGAUUUUGCUUGGCUGGGUUGCAACGACAGAGCUACAGAGCGCACCUGGGUGUGUUACUCAGAGGCCACCGUAGGAAUGCCAUUUGAAAACUGGGCGCCUUCCCAACCCAACAAUGCAGCCGGUGAUGACUGCGUGAGUAUAAGUAAGUCUGGAAAGUGGAGUGACUCCAAAUGUAGUGCAGAUUUCGUUUACGUUAUCUGCGAAGCUGACAGCGCCGACUGGGAGGACCUGCAUAUGGACGUCACUUCUUCUUCGGCGGCGGUUGUUUCAAUGUCCUGCUCCGUUGUGGGAGCAGACGGUCGCCUGCACCACUUGACCUCCCUUUAAACAUGGUCCAAGACAAUGUUAACAGAACUGCUGCGACCGAACUCCGCCUAUCAAGACACUGACUAGUCGGUUGGGGAUCUCUGCAGCAGGGUUUCGAGAGUCCGAACACUAGAGCGCAUCUUUGAAAUUUCUGGAAGGGUUCGUCCGACAAAAUGAGUUGCCAAUUUCUUUCGGCUUACUCUGCCUCAAAAUUCGCAGGAUGUAACGCCUGCUUCAAAUAGAUGAUCUUUGUCGAUGGACUCAAACUGUGUGUAUGUGACAGAACAGUUCAGUGAUUUGUUUGCAACCUUUCUGAAAGCUAAACCCUUUUCAUCCAAACAAUAAAAUUUCACGCAUCUUCGAGAGCUGUCUUGUCGAGGUACGUGUACACGUCAUAUUAGCUAGAUUUGAAGAUAUCAUUAUCGUAAAUAUUAGCAGAGUUCUGCUUACGCCUGAGAUGGAUUGGAAGCUAAUAACUAAUUGAAAUAAGAGACUGGAUUUCAACGGUUGAUCCAAAGGGGAGAAUGAGUCGGGCUUGAUGAGGUUUAAUUGCUUCGCCAAGUUAGAAUGAGAAGGAAUGGUGAGCGCAUUCAGUUGACAAUUUGUUGAAUGACAUCUACCUAUUAUAGAGAUCGUACACGACAACCAUCAUUUGGUAACUGCUUUUGUAUCUUGCGUAACGCAUGACGGUGCACAUGUUCAGGGCGUAAGCCAUUCAUCGUUCAGUUUUUCAAACCAUAUGAGAUCUAUGUAAAAUCAUAUUGAAAUUGGAGGAUUGAGGACCGUGAAGAUUAAGAAUUGUUUAAAUACUCUUCUUGUUAGCAUCUUGUACCACAGAUUGACGUCCUGGGGCGUGACGAUGGUUUUCGCGUGAAAUUUCUUGUGAAAUUUAGACAACAGUCUGUGGAUCUUGCUUUUUUGUGAAGCA